AUGGCGCUGAUUUCCUAUGUUCUGAACAGACAAAAGAAUGCAUUAAAGCUUUACUGCAGAAGGAUCCUGUGUGUAUCGCGUCGUUCUUGCUGGCGAGACGGUAGCGCGAGUCACAUCUGGUGCCGAAACCCGGGAAUUGACCACUCCAUGGUCAGCACCUUCGGAGACCCCUUGACUUCAGGGAGGAUUCAGAACUGCAGGGAAAGUCAUUUGUUUUCGCGGUGGCUAUUUGUUAGACUGAAGGUGCCCGUAAGACCGAGGUACAUGAGCGUGCCUACUGCCCCUCCGCCUUAUGAGGUGCGAUCACCAAAAUUUUCUUUUGUACCAGAUAAGGUUAGAAAAAAGAUUCAAAUGGCUUUUCCGGUUUUUGAAACAGAAAAUGGCGGACGGGUACAUGCACCUGUAGAUUACACUCAAUUAAAAGAUUUGGCUGAAGCAGUCCAAAAAUAUGGGGCUAAUGCAAAUUUUACCGUGGUAUUAGUGGAAAGGCUCGCCAACAAUGCCUUAACCCCCGCGGACUGGGAGAUGGUGGCAAAGGCUGCUCUCCCAAAUAUGGGUCAGUACAUGGAAUGGAGAGCUCUCUGGUUUGAGGCUGCCCAAAGGCAAGCUCAAGCGAACGCCACUGCCCUCACCCCCGAACAAAGAAAUUGGGAUUUUGAGAGGCUGACAGGUCAAGGGCGAUUUACCACGGACCAGACAAACUAUCCUUUUGGAGCUUAUGCCCAGGUUUCCCAAACAGCUAUUAAGGCGUGGAAGGCACUACCACGCAAGGGAGAAAAUAAUCAGCCUCUCACAAAGAUUAUACAGGGGCCCCAAGAAUCAUUUUCAGACUUUGUGGCCAGAAUGACAGAGGCCGCAGGGCGAAUUUUUGGAGAUGUAGAUCAGGUUCAACCUUUUGUUGAACAGUUAAUAGUUGAACAAGCUACUCCAGAGUGCAGAGCCGCCAUAGCCCCCAGAAAAAACAAGGAGCUACAAGAUUGGCUGAGAGAGUGUAGAGACCUUGGGGGACCACUUACCAAUGCAGGCCUAGCGGCUGCCAUCCUCCAAUCCCAAAAACGCUCCGCCGAUAAGACUAAUCAAAAGACUUGUUACAACUGUGGUAAACCUGGUCAUUUCAAAAAGAACUGCAGGAGUUCAAAUAAACAAAGGGAGACACCAACCAUAUGUAACCGUUGCGGCAAAGGAUAUCAUAAAGCUAGUCAAUGCCGCUCGGUGAGGGAUCUUCAGGGGAGGCUCCUCCCGCCUAUAAACAGUCAGGCUGUUAAUCAAGCUGCCGAUCCGUCAAAAAACGGGUUGUCGGGCCCUCGGUCCCAGGGCCCUCAAAGAUAUGGGAACCGGUUUGUCAGAGCCCAGGAGGACAACAGAGAGACGACUCAGGACACUCCUCAAGAGUGGACCUGUGUGCCGCCUCCGACUUCCUAUUAA